GGCGCGAGGCGGGGGCUGCGCGCGGCCCCAUGGCGGGAGCGCCAUGAGCCUGCCCUGGGCCGAGCGCGCCCGGGAGCCGCCGGGGCCGCCCGAGCCGCCGCCGGGCCCCGAGCGCGGCGGCUGCGGCGGCUUCGCGCCCGGCUCCUGGCUCGGCGUGUGCUGCGCCGCCCGCCUGCCCGCCGCCGCCUCGCCGCGCUACCUGCUGCCCGGCGAGGACGAGGAGGCGGCGGCGGCGGAGGGCGGCGCGGCGCGGGGCGGCGGGAGCGGCCCCGGCGGGGCGCGGGGCGGCGGGCGGCCGCGGGGCGGCGGCGGCGGCCCCGGGCUGCGGGCGCAGGUGAGCGGCGUGCAGAAGCAGCGGCGGCUGGCGGCCAACGCGCGGGAGCGGCGGCGGAUGCACGGGCUGAACCACGCCUUCGACCAGCUGCGCAAUGUCAUCCCCUCCUUCAACAACGACAAGAAGCUCUCCAAGUACGAGACGCUGCAGAUGGCGCAGAUCUACAUCAGCGCCCUGGCCGAGCUGCUGCACGGCCCCGCCGCCCCUCCCGAGGGCCCCGGCAAGGCCGAGCACCGCGGGGCCCCCUUCGAGCCGCCCUGCGCCGCCGCCGGGGCCGGAGCUCCGUCGGGGCCGCCGGCGCCGCCGCCGGGGCCGCCCCGAGCCUCGCCCCCCGGGCACGGCAGGACUCGCUUCCCCCCGCCGCCGGCCGCGGGCGGCUACUCGGUGCAGCUCGACCCGCUGCACUUCUCCUCCUUUGCGGAGGGCGCCCUGAUGGGACAGAGAGCCCCUUCCCCCGCCCUCCUCAUGCCGCAGCCCGGGCAGCCGCCGCAGGAGCGCAGCAAGACGUCGCCCCGCUCCCACAGGAGCGACGGGGAGUUCUCGCCCCGCUCCCACUACAGCGAUUCGGAUGAGGCCAGCUAAGGCAGGGGCGUCGUGCCCGGCACCCCCGCAAGGCCGCCCCUCGAAGCACAGACUCCGCCGUGCGGUGAGCAGCCGGACGCGGUGCCACCACGGACAGUAU